AUGAUCAUUGUUUGGGGAAAAGGGCGGACAAGGUUCAUGGGUGUCGGAGUUUUGGUCCUCUUUCUCAUCUUUGUCGUUCAUCUGCUCAACUUCGCAAACCCCUUUUCCAAUCCCGAUGAACUGUCCGCUUCAAUGGAUGUAAUCACCGCGUGCGCUACCUCUGACUUUGAAAACCCUGACGACUCUCAUGCUAUCGCCGUCCCACAAAUCCCCAACGUUGUCCACCAGAUCUGGAAAACAACCGACCUCCGAACCUACUCUACGCAAAUGAAAGCAUCGCACGACCAGUGGAAGCAAGAACUCGAGCCCCUAAACUAUACAAUCAAACUCUGGACAGACGACCACAUCCUCCAACUCAUCAAAGAAAAGUAUGCUUGGUUUUUAUCGACAUACGAAGCCUAUCCGCAGAACAUACAACGUGCAGACAUAGCUAGACUGCUUGUCAUCCAUGCAGAGGGAGGAAUAUACGCAGACCUCGACGUUUACCCGAACUCGCUCGCCCAAAUACAAUGCCUCCAAAGUCUCAAUCUCGAGGUCAUAUUGGCCCCAACGUCGGGGACCCUCGGGCUAAGUAACCAUUUCUUCAUGGCGGAGCCCGAAUCUCCAUUCCUCCUAUGGACGCUAUACGAGGGCAAGCGCCGCGGCGGUGCGGCAUCUCGAUUCAUCCCGCUACCGUAUCUACGAGUCUUUUGGUCCACGGGGCCUACGAUGGUGACGGCGGCAUUUCGAAAGUACGCAUGGCUACACGGCACCCUUCGGCACACUCUGGGCUUGCUAGAUGAUAGAUAUUCAAGAGCCGUGAUACAGCACAAGGCAGGCAGGUCGUGGCAUGGAUCGGACGGACGGGCCUUGAAUUAUGUCGGGGACAAUGUAACGAUGAGUAGUUUGAUGGUAGUUGUUGCCUUUUUUUCUAUUAUAUCGGGAGUUGCCUGUGUCGCGAGAAGAUAUUGGUUUUGA